AUGGGUCCUGAACAAGCGUCCAAGCUUCUUGAACUUGAAGAUAAGCUUGCUAAAAUCAGAGGACAAUCUACAUCAAAACUAGAGAAUCAGAAGCACAUUGCCAUAAUCUUGGCUGCUAUUGAAGAAAAUAUUAAUGAGCAAGAGGCAAUUAAUAAGAACAUCGUGAAUUAUCUUAUUUCUUUGAUGUCCUUGCUGGAUCAAACUAUCGAUACAGAAACUGCGGCCAUUAAAGAUCUACAAUUAGCAACAUCAACGAUGUAUUUGUUGGACAUCAUUUUUCAUUAUACACCAAAGAAAAUAUUAAAGAGCAGGUUUGCUGAUAUUUUGAUUAAAGUUGCCCCAUGUAUUACUGAUGAAAAGGCUAACGCUCCUUUGAUCAAAUCCGCUCUUGGUUGUUUAGAAGCUUUGUUAAUUGCCCAGGAUACGCAAACGUGGAAUAACACUCAAAAUUUAAAGGUGACUCCAACAAGAGGUUUGGAUGGUCUACUUGAGCUAUCUCUAGAUCCAAGACCAAAAGUAAGGAAGAGAGCACAGGAUGCAAUUACCAACAUUCUAAAAAACCCUCCACCUGGUCCAACAGCAGAACACGUCGCAUCACCUUUGAUCUCAGCAUUCGCUAUUAAUGCAUUGGUAUCCAUCCUUGAUGAAUCUGCAACGAUUUCCAAUAAGAAGCUAAGAGCAAUGGGAGGUGCAAGUGAAUUGAACUCCAAAAUCAUUCAUAUUUUGAAACUUUUGAGCAAUAUAAUAUCAACAAAUCAAUGGCCAACUGCGCAUGUGGAAAAACUCUGUGAUCUGCUAUUGGAAGUUUGUAAAACCUCGGACCAAUUUUUGGUAUCUAAUUCUUUUAACUGUUUUGAGGUUCUAUUCCAGUCUAUGGCCGAGUCUUCAGUCUCAUCUGGCUUAGCGGAGAAUAAAUUCAUGAAAGCCCUUGAUGUCAUUUUUUCAUUAAAACCAUCCCAAAAUGAUACACAUUUGGCAGCAGCCUGGAUUGCAGUCGUCGCUAAAGGUAUCAGCACAUAUGCGAUUCACGAUCCAUUAAAGUGUUUUGUUAAGAUUCCUGAAGUUUUCAGAACUUUAUCAUUUUACCUAUCAAGUGAGAUUCCAGAUAUCUACUUUAGCGCAGCACAAUGUUUAAUCGCUAUUGUCACUGACGCAAUCAAAUCAGAAAUUUUGUUGUAUCCACCUUCCGUUUCCGCUGAGCACUUUGAAGCAGUUGAUGAAGUUAUUCAAGAGUUGUCUGAGAUAUUUGUGGAUCUAUUAUCUAUUAAAUACACACAUUGUGCUAAGGCAGUGUUAAAUGUUUUGACGGCUACUUUCAAAAAGUUGAAAUAUAGAGCCAAUCCAGAUUUUAUCAAACCUCUAGAGAUUGUAGGCAGUUGGAGAACAGAUGAACAAAACUUCUUGGACUUGAGAUCCGAGGCAGAAAACGUUAUCGGUGGGGCUAUAGAAGCUAUUGGUGUAGAUGCUGUACUAGGAUGUUUACCACUAAAUUUAAUUAGUCCAUCUACAUCAAAACCGGGAAGGGCCUGGUUGUUACCAAUAUUAAGAGACUCCAUCCAGAAUUCUACGUUAAAUACAUUUUUCAAAGAGUUUUUACCUCUUAUCAAACAUUUCGAAUCUCAAUUCGAUAAAUUUGGUAAAGAAUCUGUUCAGUUAAAGGUAUAUCAAACUGUUGUAGAUCAAAUCUGGUCUUUAUUGCCACCAUUCUGUGAUUUGCCAACCGAUUUGACUGAAGCUUUUUCUGAUGAGGUGGCUGCUGAAUUGUCUGGUUUGUUAUAUUCCCACGUUGAACUUAGAACGACUAUUUGUCGUGCUCUAAGAAAUCUCGUCGAAAGUAAUCUAGUAUAUCAAAAAAACUCAACUACAGAUUCGCUUCUUUUGCAACACUUUUCCAUAGAAAGUGCUACGAACAGUUUAGAAUACUUGUCUACCAAAUCUUCUAAUAUGUUAGCGGUGCUCUUCAAUGUUUAUACUCAAACCGCUCCAAACGCCAGAGGAUAUAUCCUUGAGACAAUUGAUUCUUAUCUGCAAAUAACAAAGAAAGAAGACCUUGCACAAACAUUUAAUAAUGUAUGUGGGCUCUUGAAUACUGCUCUUCAAGAAGAAGCUAAAAAGAACAACAAUGAAAUGUCUGCUACUUUGCUCGAUUUAGUUAUCGCGAUGGUAAAAUAUGUUCCACCUUCCUCAUAUGGUGCCCUCUUUGCUAUUUUCAAUUCCAUCGUCAACUCAGAAAAUGCAUUAUUCCAAAAGAGAGCAUACCGUAUUAUUCAUAAACUUUCAGAAAUCGAAGAAGGUUCCGAUGCCAUCACGAAUUUCAUAUCUGAUAUUGAAAAUGUCAUGUUGAACAGCGCAUCAACUGUUCACACUUCCUCUAAAUCAGCAAGGUUGGCGGCAAUUAGAACUCUCGUAAAUUUACUUCCACCUACUCAACUAGGAUUUAUUGUUCAGGUUGUGGCAGAAGUCAUAUUGUGUACCAAAGAUGUCAACGAAAAAUCCCGUGAGACGGCUUUUGAAAUUCUUAUCCAAAUGGCUAACAAAAUGGAUAGUUCAGAGGGUGUUAUCAAACUUUCCUGCAUUCCAAAUUAUGACCCCAACACUCCAGACCAACCCUCUUCCGUUGCUGAAUUUUUCAGAAUUAUUUCAGCUGGUUUAAUUGGGGAAUCGCAACAUAUGGUAAGCGCAACAAUCACCGCAUAUUCUUGUUUGGUUUUCGAGUUUAAAGAUAAAGUUGAUGUUGAUGUUCUCUUAGAAAUUUAUGACACAAUCGAACUAUAUUUAACCUCUAAUUCAAGAGAGAUUGUCAAAAGUGCGAUUGGUUUUGCAAAAGUUUGCUGUUUAGGUCUCAAUGAUGAAGUCAUGAAGCCUAAAGUUCCAGAAUUACUUCCUAAAUUAUUACGUUGGUCUCAUGAACAUACUGGCCAUUUCAAGGCAAAGGUUAAGCACAUCAUAGAAAGAUUGAUUAGGAGAUUUGGAUACGAUUAUAUUGAGUCAAUAUUCCCAGAAGAAGACUUGAGAUUGCUUGCCAAUAUCAGAAAGUCUCGUAACAGAAGUAUUCGUAAACGAGAUGAAGGCGAAGAAGAAGCGCCAGCGCAAGCUGCUCCUUCAAAUAAGUCGUCUAGAUUCAUGUCCGCCCUUGAUGAAGCUCUAUAUUCUUCUGAAGAAGAGAGUGAAGAUGAAGACAAAAACAAUACAAAAUCUGAUAGAAGAAAGAAGGGUUCUAAACAAUUCAUUGUCGAGUCGAAGGAGACCCCAUUAGAUUUAUUGGACUCUCAAACAUUGGCGCAUAUUUCCUCGACUAGACCAAAAUCAAAUAAAAAUGAAAGAAGAAGGAUUGUCGAUGAUGAAGUGUUCAGCUUUGAUGCAGAAGGUAAGUUGGUUAUGAAAAACGAUAGGAGAAGAGGAGAAAAUAACAAUGAAGAUCCGUUAGAGGCUAUUACCAGUGGUGUUAAUGCAUACUUAGAUGCUGUCAAACAAGGUCCAGUAAAGGGUCAAAAGAACAGACUAAAAUUCAAAAAAGGAUCCAGAGCUGGCAAUGAGGAUGAUUUCAGUGAUGAUGAACAGGAAACCAAGCUACCAAAAACAAAACCAGCUGAAAAGGGAAGAAUUGGUAAAAAAUCCAAUGGUAGAUUUAAAAACAAGAGGAGAUUAUAA